GGAACAUCUACCAGAUUCUUUAAUGCAGCCAGCCUGAUGAGGUGCAGAUUUACAGAUUUACACAACAGAGCAGCCAGGCGAGGAAAAAACGCCCGGAGCAUCCGGGAUAUGGAAAAAUAUUUCCUUUUCAUCUCGUCCUGUACAGUGGUCUGUACAGGACGAGAUGGCAUUUGUAUUUCUUCGGAAUAUUGCACACAAUUGUGUUCAUGAAAGCUAUUAACGAUGAUCCACUUUUCUAAAAUGUACAUUUUGACAACAUACUUUUGAGAAAAAGGAAGUGGGGUAACACGUUUUCCUUUCACACAUAGAAAGAGGACACUUCCUGUUUUGUGUCGAAUUUGUGAAAAGAUCAAAAUCCCCCCCGAGUUUGUUUGCUCAGUGAAAGCAAAAGCUUCCGGGUUCAACAGCCCUGAGUAGAUAACUCAAAACAAAACCCAUCAGAGACCGGUUUGUCUUGUUGCUGGUCAAAUGUCACGUCAUGUAACGCUGAACAGGAACGAUUAUAGGAACAGACAACAGAAAGCUACAGAAACAGAGAAAACCAAAGUAAAAGUGGGAGAGAUAAGGAGAAGUUUAAUAUUCGUAAUAAAGAAAUUUUUUUUUAAAUCACGUGAAAAACCUUUCAAGAAUAAUCACGUACAACUCCAUGUUGAUUUUAAGAAACACAUUGCAGGCAAUGAUCAGAUGGAAAAAUGUGGUUUAUGGCUGCGGUGCUAUUCUUAUGUAAUCAAUAUAAUAGAUGGUGGUGAUGUGAUUCUGUGUGUAUUAAUAUCAUAUGUACAUGAAGUAAGGAUCGUUAAAGGAGGCUGAUCGAGGCAUCGGGGAAGAAAAAAAAAAAGUACUGAACUGAAACAGAAACAAAGACUUGAAGGUAUUUACCAGCAUAGCAAGGCGCUUGGAGUUGCAAAACAUCGUCCCAAAACCUUGCAAGGUGCAAAUCGAGGAAGUCACGUCCACCGAUGGUCAUUAUACAGCCCUGGAAUUAUCAAACGACGAGGGGAGAAGAAUUCAGCUCGAGUUUCUCGGAAGGAAGAUUGGGAGCAGAGAUUCCAAUCUAGACUUUUAUUUGCAGGGUUUAGGGGGGAAGACGAUCCCCAGACUGACCAGAGAGUUUCGCUGGAGCCACAGGACAAGCCCUCGAAUUUGAACUUCACUCCCAAGAUUUUGCUCAAAUAAGAUUCUCUAUUUUUUUUGGUGACAAGAUUUCCCCUUCCCAUCAUGUCUUGGUUCCGAUCCACCAAUCAAGAGCGGUCUUACUGUAAAGAUCCAGCUACUUGGGAGGACGGGAAGAGCCGCCUGCAGCAGACGCAGGAGGAGGUGGAGCAGGUGAAGGACAUCAUGACGGACAACAUGGAAAAAGCCGACGAGCGAUCCGGCAAACUGAACGACCUGGAGCAGCAGGCCGAGGAUCUGCUGGAGAAGAGUAAAGUUUUUGAAAAAACAACCAGGACGUUGAAGCAGCAGAAAGAAAUAUCCAACAAGAACAAGUGUGGUGGCAGGACUCAUCAUUUUGGGACUUGUCAUCGUUGUUAUUGUAAAAUUUGCAAUAUAGCAUAAAAAGCAAAAGCUUCCUGGCAGCUGAAAGAGAACAACAAAUGAGCUGAAGGACAGUUGAUCCUGAACAGCAGAAACGACUCUGCUGCAAGAUGAUACAAAAUAAAUUUUGUUCUAUGAAAAAAAAAGGUGUGGUUUCAUCUCCUGCAUACUGUAAAGCACAGGUGUCAAACUCCAGUCCCUGGAGGAACACCGCCCUGCAACGUUUAGAUGAGCCUCUGCUGCACCACCUGAAGAGAAUAAUUAAGACUCUGGAAAACUGAUCUACACA